UUUGUGACUUUUUGAGGUGUACGCAUGUUUGAAUUCAUAAUAAUUAUGACAGGAGACAGUCAUGGUGAUUGAGCAGUUAAUGAAGAGAAUGAGCAUUAACCCUGUACCCAGAAAAACUUCAUCUAUACACAAACAUCCUACUCUCACAUUUGGUGCGCCACUUCAAGAUGUUAUAGAGCGCGACAAGACUGAAAUUCCAAUUGUUGUUUCUGAUAUAUUCAAUUUCUUAUUAGAUAACGGUGGAUUGCAAUGCGAAGGCAUCUUUCGUGUAAAUGGAAAUUCUCGAACAGUUGAGAUUUUGCGUACCGUUGUCAAUGAAAAUGGAAGUUACUGGCGUUUAGGGGAAUUUUCAAGCAUAGCUGGAGACUUAGAUCGUACGGUUGACGUUUUCUCUGUUGCUAGUCUUCUUAAGUUGUAUCUCAGGGAAUUACCAGAAGGAUUAAUUCCAGAAAAUGUCACCGCAUCAUUUUUGAAAAUUUAUUCGGAAUAUGGAUCAAAACAAGAUCUUUAUCUAAUUCAAUUGGAAAAUUUAAUUGCUCAAUUGCCAGUAUUCAAUUAUACUCUGCUGAAGCAUUUAUGCCAAUUUCUACAUCGUGUAUCUGUUCAUCAAUCUGAGAAUAAAAUGUCUACCGAAUCACUGGGUAUUGUAUUUGGACCGAAUGUUUUUCGAUUUACACCUGAAAAAUUGAAUUAUCGGGAACAGAAUUCAGUCAAUGAUAUCAUGACAACUUUAAUUGAAUAUUCUAACAAUUUAUUUCGUAUGAUUGCUCCAAGAUAUGAAAAUGUGUCAAUUUUAAAUGAUAAUUUGUCUGGCAAUAAUUAUACACAAAUUCAUCAAAUCCCAUUUAAUGAGACAUCUGUUCAAAGUGUUCGAAAUAAAAUAUAUAGCACUUCAGAAAGCUUAUCCAGUAUGGAGUCUUGCAAUGAUGCAGAAGAAUAUGUUGGUACUGAAAGUCCUACUCAGUCAACAACAAAAGUUGAAACAAAUCACAUGAGAACACGUCAAAUCACCAAUACAUAUUGUAAUUUUCCACAGACUGGUAUUAAAAAUUCAACAACUGCACCUGCAACAACAGCAGCAGCCACAACGAAAACAACAAGAAAUAAUGUAUCAGAACUGACAAAAAUCAACGAUAUUGUCGAUACAAAUGAUAAUCAAUUUAAGCAUAAAUCAUCCACGUGUGAUAUAAUUUCAACAUACUUAGAAAUAGCUAUUCGAUCAUGUAUACAAGAGCAUUUAUUCCAGGAAAGCUUUUCAGAGACGGUAAAUAAUUCCAAUCAUAGUUUUGCCGGCAUAAAUCAAAUAGCAAAGUCAGAUUAUACAGAAGUCAAUCUGUCAAAAAUAAAUUAUAUGAAUCAUGCAAAUUUAAAAAAUUCCGAAACUAAUUAUUCAAAUUCACUGUCAACUACAAAUCGGACUAAUGAAUCCAAUGAGCAAAUUCUCAAUAGAUUAAAUCAUUAUUUAUAUAAUUUUAAAUCUCGUUUACGAGAAUAUGAAAAUCUAUUUGAACAAGAUUAUGGGCGUAAACCAACUGAUUCUGAUAAAUAUUCUAAUCCAAAGAUUAGUGAAUUAUUAUGUCAAGUGUCAGAAGUACAAACAGCAAUCAAGCAAAUUAAAUCAGGCAAAAUUUCUGAUUCACAUACACUUCCUAAUGGUACUAUUCAAAAUGGCUAUUCUUCAGCAUACACUAACUCUAUUGAUAAUAAUACUCAAAAUGGGAAACUAAUGUCAUCAGCUAGUUUGGUCAAUCAUUGUCCAGGGAAACAGUCUUUUUCUACAAAUGAUAACGAAGUCAAAGAUCAUGUACGAGACCUUCGAUCACCAAAUAAAUCAUUUUCUUCUAAAUCUUCAAUUAUCCCUAAUAUGACAGUUGAAAAUGAAAAUUUAUCCAAGCAAUCAGAUCUCAAUAAACCAACUAUUGAAAGUACAUGUUUAAUGCUUUCAAAACGAUUAACUGAGAAGCGUUUAAUGGCAAAUCGUCCUGAGGAUCUUCAUUUAAUGACUCCAAAACAGAUUGCAGCGGAAAAGUUAGCCAUACAAAAAGCUUUAUUAUUUUUUGAAAGCCUUCAUGGACGACCAAAAGAACAUCAAGAUCGUAUAACAAUGCGGCCAUUGUAUGAUAGAUAUCGUAGUGUUAAACGUCUAUUGAACUGUUUACAAUCAAACAAUAAUUUCAUAGAAGAAAAUAGUGAUAUGGAAGUUCAGUCAUCUUUGCCAUCGACCGAUGAUCACUUAAAGCUGCGAUCAGCAUUCUCACCAAAUACAAUGCCUAUAAUCAAUGAUAGUAGUAGUAUACAACAAAAAUCCAUUCAUUCUACUGGUACAACUAGCAAUAGUACUUGGUCAUUGAAAUCAACUAAUCCUGUUUCUUAUCCUAGUAGUUUACAAUCUCCUAAACAAUGUUAUAAUCCCAUGUCAUCUAUAUCUAAUAGUAAUAAUACACAUGUUCCACCUGUGAUGUCAUCAUCUACAUCUACUUCAUCAAUGUUUGCAUCAUCUAAUCCAGCUGCAUAUUCUUCUUCGAUUACCUCAUCUCAUAAUACUGUAGGUAAUAAUGAUCAUCAUAAUGAUAGAUUGGAUGUAGUAGCUCAAAAGUAUUCUACUGUUGUCACAUCAAUUUCAUCUACAGUUAAAUGUAACUCUACAGGGUCAUCCAAUCCAGUUGAACGAUCAACAUGUGUUAAUGAAAAACAGAAUGUUAACUAUUUGGCUCAUGAUAAACAACCGUUCAAGUUUAAUUCGAAUGUUGAUUCUCAUUACAAUGAAUUAGAUUGUGAUACAAAACGUAUGAAUGAUAGAAAUAGUCGAGUACCAUGCAGUAAUAAAAAUGAAUGGUUUGGAACAAUUGGUCUGAGUAAACGGAAUCAAGAUAAUGGUAAUAACGACUAUCAUGUAACUAAUUUUGAUCGUCAAUCUCAACUCUAUAAUGAACGUAACCUAAAUCCUCCUGUAGAAAAUACUGUAUCUGUCUUAACACAUACAUCAACUAGAUCAUUUGAUUCAUUGACUUAUUCAAAUAGACACAAAAGUGAAUUUUCUUCACCUAUUCAUCAAGAAAAUUUUGUCGGUGCUAAUAAACUAUCAUAUUUUUCUCCUCCACCUCCAAUUUCAUUAUCCUCAUUUUCCAAUUCGAAAAUUAUUCAAGCCAAUAAUAUUUCAAAUACAAUUCAUUCAAAUACUAAUAACAAUGCUAUUAAAAAAAAUCGUCGUCGUAUUCUUGCCACUUCAGAGAAUGCUACAGAUACUGCAUUACCUCGUGACAAAUCUGCUGUCACAUCACAAGUUAUUUCAUCAUCGGAUUUACCGAAUUGGUCCACUGCUGAUCUAAAGACAGCACUGCGUACUUUACGUGAAUCAAAACGUCAUCUACAAAAGACCUUAAAAGAUUUUGAACAUGAAUUUAUCCAAACUACUGGUCAAAAGCCAGAACGAGAGGAUCGAUUAUGCAUGCAUUCAGAGUACUGUGAAUACAAAGCCUUGAAAACACGUCUUUCCCAACUGGAAAAUGAAUUGAAAGUUCGAUGUACUUGACAUGAUCAAUAUUUUUGAAUUAUACUGUUUAGUCGUAUUGAAAAUUCGGUAUCAGGGUGAUAGAAAGGAAAGAGAAAAAAAAGAUGAAAAGAAAACUCAUGUUUUAUUUGUUUCUCAAUAGAAAUGGAGGAAAUCUUUGUUGGGUUAGUGUAUGUUUCUGCGAAUAAUAAAACCUUUCAUACUGUACAUAGAAUUCUCUUAGGUUCUCUUACUUAUUUAUAUUGAACUAAUAAUUUUUUUUUCAAAUGAUGGGGACAUUCGUUCUUUAACGUUUUAACUUUUUUACGCAAUGUAUGCACGUAAAUUAUCAGCUCAAUUUAGUUAAUUUUAUUUCAGGAAUAUUUUUGUUGCUAUCUGAGACGAAAUUGUAAUAAAUUCAGUUGAACUGAAAGAUUUUAUCAUAAUAGCUAAAAUAAUUUAAAUGUUCAUUUAAAUUUACUGUUAAUUUCUGUUUUAGACAUGGAAUUUUUUUAAAAGCCUUCUCAAUUCUACUUGUUAACUUUGUUAGUAGCGUUUCUUUUUGUGCGUAAAUAUUAAUGCUGUAAUUAUGAUUAAAUCGACCUCAAUAUUACGAAAUAGGGAAUUUCUUUCCAAUUUUAUAUUUACAUACUUUGUGAUUAUUAUUUCUGAUUGAAUCUUAUCUUUUUUUAUAUUUCAUUCGUGAUUAUAAAUAUUUAUUAAUACUUUUCAUUAUAAUGAUUACCAUAAAAAGUUUUCAGUUUUGAAAAGUAGAGCAUAUCAUUCUGUACAGUAGAUAACUUUUCAUGCUUUUUAUGCCAAUAUUAUAAGUUUCUUGUCUGUGUCUGCAUGAAAAAAUGUAAUUUAUUUUCUAUCUACGACAAAGAAUAAUUUUCACUUCAAUCUACAUUACACUUCAGAUACAUGUUGAUGUGCGUUUUAUCUCACCCUUGUAUGAGGCAAUGCUAGAUAUGAAUGUAUACUUAGUAAUGUACAUUUCAGUUGAUUUCUAAAAAUGCUAAAUAAAUAUUUAUUUUUGAAUAACAAUUUCCUUUGAAAUGUAGUUGUCUUUAUUCAAUUGCUC